ACACAACAGAAAGAGUCUCUUGUAGCUUCUAUACGCAUCUUACCGUUACAAAAGUUAAAAAUGAAAACUUUCAUACUUUUUAUGUGUCUGCUAGCCGUAGCUUAUGCAGGAGAUAAUACUAAUGGAAAUACGUUUUGUGACUUGCUGGAAUCCUGUACGAAGGAAGUGUCAAAAUGCAGAAAUACGCCAUUCCUGUGUUAUUAUAAUGUCAUAACAGAUGAUUCAGUAUGGUAUUGUAUACUCGAAAAAGCUCAUGCGCUUAAUGCAGACGGUACAAUAAACAAAAAAGCAGGUAUUGGAUUUUGCGAUGUUGCUGUGGAUCAAAAUUACGUGGACACUUGUAAGGAACUCGUUAAGGAUUGCCUAUAUGAAGAUCUAGACCACUGCCUAAAGGGAAGAAGCCAAGCUAAUUGUCAAAUAGAUUGUAUUAGAAUCAAGGGUGUGAUGGAUCACCUUAUACAAUGUAAAGAAAAACAAAAGAAGAACGCAUAAAAAAAUUAUUUGUCGAAAAUAUUAAUACCACUAAUUAUAUAAUUUUAACUUUAUGCCAAUAUUGUAUAUGAAAUAAUUAUCUGCACAUUUAUAAUUCUACGAUGGCUCUGUAAUUAUCGUAGUUAUUAUAUUAGAACCAAUAUGUUUCACAAAAAAUAAAACAUUAUGCAUAA